AUGGUAGACAAACGUGGCAUCCGACCAAACCCAAAUGCGGUAGAAGCAGUUCCGACUUGGAAGUUACCGAAGACUGAACAUCACUUGAGGAGCUUUCAUGGUUUCGCCAAAUACUACAAAGAAUUCAUCAAGGGUUACACGGACAAUGUAUAUCCGAUGCAGCAGCUCAUGAGACUCAAAGGCAAGAAACUCAUGUGUAACAAUGCUGCGAAGGAAUCAUUUCAGAGCAUAAAAAAAGAGUUAUGUGAAGCCCCUGUAUUAGGCAUGCCUACGGUGAAAGGCACGUACGUCCUAGAUACAGAUGCAUCGGUGGUUGCGUCUCUGGCACACUCCACCAAGAACAAAAAUAGAACGGCAAAACUGUCUUGA